AUGGAGUGGAAGACGCGAUUCUACGAGCAGUACCAUGAAGUAGACGGCUUCUACCUCAGCAAGGCCUUUCCGGUGGAAAGCGUCCGUUCAGCACUCCGCUACAAGGCGCAACUGGGGGACCUAUUCAUCGUUAGCUACCCAAAGUGUGGCACAACAUGGAUGCAACACAUUGUCUACAACAUCAUAAACGAUCACCCGCCUCCUAAAAACUUACUGCUCGGCUGUAUGGAGAUGCCUUUUCUCGAAAUGCAAGGAGCCGAAUCUGUCGAAGACAUGAAGAAACCAGGUCCCAUCAAGACACACAUGCCCUUUCGGUUACAACCUUACUCGAAGGACGCCAGGUACAUUUACGUAACGAGAAACCCGUACGACUGCUGCGUCUCGUACUUCUACCACACCAGAGACAUGCCCGAUUACAAGUUUCAAGACGGCACGUUUGAUCAGUUCUUCGAAAUGUUUCUGGAAGGCAGGGUCGACUUCGGUGAUUACUUCGACCACUUGCUAUCCUGGUAUGAGCACCGAGGCGAUUCGAACGUUUUGUUUGUGACCUACGAGCAGCUGAAGAAGGAUGUCAGGACCUCGGUUUUGAAGAUUGCCGACUUCAUCGGACAAAAGUACGGCCAGAAGCUGCGGAAUGACAACAGCCGGUUAGAGAAGGUGCUGAAGAACAUUAGCGUCGAAAGUAUGAAAAAAUGCGUGAACGAAUCCUUGAAAACUUCGCUCAACGAACUGGAGGCUCGCCUGGAUGGAAAGGUGCCCAAGUGGCUCGGGCUUUUGAAAGAAUCAGCAGGACCUGAAACCUGUGAAAAGCCCAUGUCUGGCGAUUUUGUUCGGAAGGGCAUCGUCGGAGAUUGGAGGAACCACUUUUCGGAAGAUCAGGUCAAGAGACUACAAAGCAGGAUCGAGGAGAAGACGCGUGGGAGUGAUUUAUUGAAUUUGUGGAAUGACACGGACAUUCCUCAUUAA